GCAACCCUAAAAAUCAAACUCGCCCCACCAAACUCCGGCGACGAGGCAGAGCCUCUGUCUCUCUUUCUGAGUUUUUCGUUCUGCAAAGAAAAUGCACAGAGCUCCGUCGGCCUCCUCCCUCGGCCCCGGCGGCCUGGACCUGAGCGGGGCCUUCUUCAGGCCGAUCCAGAACACCGCGCCGCCGUCCCCCACCAAGCGCCACACCAAGAUCGCCGUCGUCGGGGUCGGCAACGUCGGCAUGGCCAUCGCCCAGACCAUCCUCACCCAGGACCUCGCCGACGAGCUCGCCCUCAUCGACGCCAAGCCCGACAAGCUCCGCGGCGAGAUGCUCGACCUCCAGCACGCCGCCGCCUUCCUCCCCCGCACCAGGAUCUCGGCCUCCGUCGACUACGCCGUCGCCGCCGGGUCCGACCUCUGCAUCGUCACCGCCGGGGCGCGGCAGAUCGCCGGGGAGUCCCGGCUGAACCUGCUGCAGCGGAACGUGGCCCUGUUCCGGGCCAUCGUGCCGGCGCUCGCGAGGCACGCGCCGGACUCGAUCCUGCUGAUCGUGUCGAACCCGGUGGACGUCCUGACGUACGUGGCGUGGAAGCUGUCCGGGUUCCCUUCGAACCGGGUCGUCGGGUCGGGCACGAACCUGGACUCGUCCCGGUUCAGGUUCCUCAUCGCCGAUCACCUCGACGUCAAUGCCCAGGACGUGCAGGCCUACAUCGUGGGCGAACACGGCGACAGCUCGGUCGCCUUGUGGUCGAGCAUAAGCGUCGGCGGGGUCCCGGUCCUGAGCUUCCUAGAGAAGCAGCAGAUCCCGUACGAAAAGGAGACCCUCGAGAACAUCCACAAGGCGGUCAUAGACUGCGCCUACGAAGUCAUUAGCCUCAAGGGCUACACCUCGUGGGCGAUUGGGUACUCGGUCGCGAGCUUGGCCCGGACCCUGCUCCGGGACCAGCGGAGGAUCCACCCGGUCUCGGUGCUGGCCAGGGGUUUCUUCGGCAUCGAGGGCGGCGACGUGUUCCUGAGCUUGCCGGCCCAGCUCGGCCGCGGCGGCGUCCUGGGCGUGACCAACGUGCACAUGACCGAGGAGGAGGCGCGGCGGCUGAGGGAGUCGGCGACGACCAUCUUGGAGGUGCAGAGCCAAUUGGAUUUGGGCAUUUGAGGAAGAAGCCCUUCCCUCUUGUAGUUUGCUAACCCAACACCAAGACUGGUUUGUUGACAACGCUCUUUUGGGAACCUUCCCUCCAAGAACUUUCUCCUGCAGGCUCUCAGCUUGAAGUUAGUAGUCUGCAUUUCUUUUCUAGGCUUUGAUUUUUUUUAUUUUUUUCUCUCCCGAUCUAAUUUGGGAGUCUUUUUUCGCCUCGUUUGGCAUCUCCUUGCGCUCGUUGUUGUUGCUUUUAUUCGCUCGUCGUGGUGAAUAAAUCUGCUUGCAACUGAAAACUUUGUGAGAACGUCAUCAUAGUCUAGCCAACGAGAUGCUCGGGGCAUGGUUCUAUGACUUUUUCGAGAUUUGGCGGGAACUCUCGUCUCCCGAUUUUUGCCUCAAUCGAAAUCUAGGGGACUUUUUCGUCUUCAUAUGGCGAUGGUGUUGAGGGUGUCGAAGCUAGGUGCGCACUGCAGGCAGUAGAUUCUAGAGGGGAAGAUAUCUACGACUACGGUGAUCGACCGCUUAUUGUUUUUGAUGAUGUGACAAAUCUAUUCCUUUGGAAUGGGAGAUCGUCUAUAGCAUGUAGACUAUAUUCUUUUGUUUGGGGUUUGUUUUGUUUUGCAGCUCUUUGAGAUUUGCUUUGCUCGGAAGCUAUGUUCCUCCUGUAUUUGAUCUUGAGAAAUGAACGAAAUUUUCUUUCGAUAGAAAGAAAAACAGUAAGAUUGGUUUGGUUUCGACA